AUGGUUAUAUAUUUGUCAGUUUCAGGUGGUCCUGCUCGUGAGAAUGUUGCCCAACCUAAGAGAACUCUGUCAGUUCAAGUAGAACAUCAAAAAGCAAGCUGCUUACCCGAGCUUCCCAAGAAGACAAGAGUUACAAGCCAGAGCCUCAUAGCGAUGGACAAAAAUCAUCUGCUGAUUGUCAUGAAGAUCAUCUCUGGUUCAAACAACGUUUGCCCUGAAUCUGAUCAUAUCUAUGGAGGAUGGAUAAGGGCUUCGAGUUGCUUAUCUUCAUUGAACAGACUUGUGGCUGAGGAAGCUGCUGGUGGGCUAUGGAAUCUCUAUGUCGGAGAAGAGAUUAUCGUCUUCAGGCUUAACCUUGGAUACACAAUACAGAGGAAAUUCGUGGGAAAAUAAUAGAAAAUAUCGAAACCAUCAUCACAACACACAAACACGAACCAUCACCACAAAAACCAUUAUCUCAAAAACCAAAAACUUUAAAAUCACAAAACAAAACAUGAAUCAUCAUCACAAAACAAAUACAAAUCCCAACAUCAAAAACUAUAAUUAUCUCAAACAAAAACUUACACACAGCUAACACGUCACGCAAGCGAAAUUACAAAACACCAAAAGCGAAAUCUCAAAACACAAGCUAUUUAUACUUCUCUCUCUAUCUCAAUGUUUUGUAGAUUAAAAAACUAGAACUUACCACUCUUCGAGUAUUUUGUAAUUGUAUUUAUUUUAUGGUAUUUUAUUUGAGUGGUUUCUGUUUUGCAAGUUGUAAUUUUUUUCAAUAUUUUUUUGUAUUCUGUACAUUCGAACUCAAAUUCUCAAUGCUAUAAUCUGACAUUAAUUUAAC